UCAUGAUUAUGAUAUUUAUCUACUUGGGUGUACAGAGCAGGAUUGAAUACAAAACUUCUCCAUGAUAUUCUUUCACUAUUGUGGUGCACAUUGGACUAAAAAGGUUUCUUUAAACAUGCACAGAUCGAUAGCUCCGCAGCCAGUACAGUACAGCCUUCAAAAGACAACCAAAGUCACGCCAAAUCAUGAAUUCGGCCACCACCAGUCCCGAAAGUCUAAGGAAACAGAUAUCAACCACUGAAAACGAACUAAAGCGAUUAAAAGCACAGCUCGCAAGCGCCGAAGCCCAAGAAGCUGUACAGAAGCAGAUCGCGGGGUUGCACUUAGGUGCGGGGGAUCCCGUGACAGAGCUUGAAACUGGCAGUGCGAGUGAGAGGAAAUGGCCGCUGUCCGAGGAGGAAUACAGGAGGUAUGGAAGGCAGAUGAUUGUUCCUAGUGUCGGGAUUCAAGGUAACUUUGUUUGGCCUGUUUUUGACCCUGGUGUCGAGAAGAAGCAUGGAAUGAAUCAUGACUGAUAUAUCAGUUUAGGACAACUCCGCCUCAAAGAAGCAUCCGUCCUCAUCGUCGGAGCCGGCGGUCUAGGCUGUCCAGCAGCAGCCUAUCUCGCUGGAGCAGGAGUAGGUACCAUCGGCAUUGUAGAUGGUGAUGAAGUCGAGACGUCAAAUCUCCAUCGACAGAUCUUACAUAGCACUGCCAAAGUAGGCAUGAAAAAAGUCGAGAGUGCGAUAGAGUAUCUCACAAACUUAAAUCCAAAUCCAACCUACAUCCCCCAUCCCACACACCUCACUCCCCAAAACAGCCACUCCAUAGUCUCCCAAUACGACCUAGUCCUCGACUGCACCGACCACCCCACGUCGCGGUAUCUCAUCUCUGACAUAUCAAUCCUUCUCUCCAAACCACUCAUCUCCGCCUCCGCUCUCCGCACCGACGGCCAGCUAAUAGUCCUCAACUCGCCUCCAUUACCAGCCGGUCACGCAUCCGGUGGUCCCUGCUACCGCUGCGUAUUCCCCAAGCCGCCACCAGCAGAGAGCGUAGUAAGUUGUGGGGAUGGAGGCAUUCUUGGGCCAGUGGUAGGUGUGAUGGGUGUGUUGCAGGCGUUGGAGGCGAUCAAGUUGAUUGUUGCUGGGAAACUGGAAGCUUUCCCUCCUCCUCCACGUCCGCCAACUCCUUCAUCCGAAUCAGCACCUGGAUUAGGAUCUGCAACCUUAGGUGGACAAGUCCCAAUCCAACCCGACGUAGCAACAGCAGCAGCAACCAUGCUCCUCUUCUCCGCCAUCAGCAACCCUCCAUUCAGAAGCGUACGUCUACGUUCCCGCCGCACAAACUGUUUCGCUUGCUCCUCCUCCGCCGGCCUCUCACUCGAGAGUCUUACGAGCGGAAGUCUAGACUAUGUGUUAUUUUGCGGCGUCACUUCACCGAUCAACAUCUUAAAUCCAGAGGAGCGGAUCGAAGCUCGUCAAUACCACGAAAUCUUGCGAGCUAAACCAGAGAAGAAACAUCUAUUACUAGAUAUCAGAGAGAAAGUGCAAUUCGACAUCUGUAAUCUCGAGGGCUCGAUCAAUGUUCCAUUUUCCACAUUACAGGGAAAUAGAGGUGUUGCUCGUUCAGGAGAGAAGCCUGUCUGGGUACCAGAAGGAUUGCCGGAAGAUGCGCCGAUCUAUGUGGUUUGUAGAUUAGGCAAUGAUUCGCAAGUUGUGACAAGGAAGUUGAAGGAGAGCGGGUUGGCGAGUCAAGGGAGAUAUAUUGGAGAUAUCAAGGGUGGGUUAAAGGCUUGGAAGGAACAGGUUGAUGGGUCUUGGCCGGAAUAUUGAAUACGGCUAAGGUAGGUAAUGCAAAAUACAAU